CGCACAUUUGUACUUCGAUUGACAGCUAAUUGCCUUUUGCAAUUGAUCUGAUAAUCCAUAAUCGCUCACUGCCUUUCAAUUGCAACCAAAUAACUUGGUCUUGCUGCAUACCAUGACAGACGAAGACGUAGCCACCAAAGCCCCAGAGAGCGAUGGUCAGGCCGCUGUUAGGGAGAGUCUAUUCAAGGGAGAUUCCGUGGCACAGGAAGGACCAAGCAUGGGGAAUCACUGCGUUACGGACAGACCUACUCCCGCUGGAGAGCUCCCUUCUGGAGAAUUGUCAAAGCUAGGGGGUAUAGAUACAUACAUUUCGAAGCCUGCGGACUAUCCGCACAAUCCUGGGAAAUUACUCCUCCUCCUAACAGGAGGUACCGGCGUCAGAUCCACAAAUAACCAGCUUCAAGCGGACAAAUUUGCCCAAGAAGGCUUUCUCGUUAUAAUGCCCGACCAAUUCGGAGGCGAGGCUGCACCAAACACGGUGCAAGAACCUGCUUCCGCGGAUAUUCCUCUGAUUGAAAAGAUCAAGUUGGGUUUGGUUGAUACCUUCAAAUCGUUCACUAUUGACAUGUGGCUCGCUCGACAUACACCCGACAAAGUCCUUCCUAUCCUCUAUAAAGUUCUCGAUGCGGCGAACGAAGAGUUUGCUGACGCAAUAGCAAACGGAGGCGGUAUAUAUGCGAUAGGAUACUGCUUUGGCGCGAAAUACGUCCUACUGUUGGCCGGCGAUAAUCCGAAUGGUGUGCUUUGGGCGCCACAGGAGGUUGAGGGACAAGCUACGGAAGGAAGGACACGGAAUGGGCCUUUUAUCAAGGCUGGAGCGAUUGCACAUGGCACACAGAUCACACCUGACGAUAUUGGGGCUGUCAAAGUGCCUGUGAGCAUCAUAUGCGUAGAAGACGACCCUCUAUUCCCAGAUGAAGUCCGUAAAGCUGGCGAAGUUUUGCUAGAGAAAACCGCCGUCGAGCAUGAGAUAAAGGUGUACCCUAAUGUUCCUCACGGAUUUGCAGUGCUCGGUGACUAUGCGGACUUGAAGAUCAAAGAGGCGCAACAACAAGCAUUCGCUGAGAUGCUGGGCUGGCUUCAGGCUCAUUGAUUGCUGUGGACUAGUCCUCAAUAGGACUUAUGAGCCAUUCAGGUUCGGCUUUCUGUGGAGGGAGAGGACAGGCGUGAAUGCCUCAGCUGGGAAUUGAUUUGGCGUUUGUCAUGCGUUGAGCGGCUAUGCUAAAAAUUGCAACAGAUGACAUGAAUAAAACGAGAUUGUAGAACUGGCGAUGGCUUGUCAAAUCUAGAAUCAUGUGGUGAAAGUUAAACACGUACGGCAUUUCGAGAGUAAGCACUUUCUUCUGCUUCUGUGCGGGCUUCAACAAAGAGACGUCGGAGGUUAGGCAAAUUCGAAGGCUAUAACAAUUAGUACAUCAAAUAGCAAUAAAGGGAUAUCUGUCCUGCCA